UAAAAAGCAAAUCUCCGACCACUCAGUGAGAGCCAAAAUAUAAUUGUCCUUUAAGCAAAAGCACUUCUUACAACAUAAUCCAUUUCAAAUCCAGCAGUGAACUCCAAGCUUGCAAACAUAUUUUACUUCCAUUUCUUGCAACCUCAAAAACAUUACUUAUAUAACUCACAUGAAAAUCAAACAUAGAUUACGGCGAAAACGUUACUCAAGAUGAGUUCGUAUUUUUCCUGCUGCAUUGUUUUUCUAUCUGUCAUCUGUUUCUGCACCAAAAUCUGUUCUGCAGACUCCGAUAACCUCCAGGACACUUGCCCUACGUCCCCGCCAGGAAAGCAAACCAUCUUCAUCAAUGGCUUCCCGUGCAAGAAUCCAAACAGCACCGCUGCCCCCGACUUCAAAACCUCCAAGCUAACCGAACCUGGCAACACAGACAAUUUCCUUGGCUCCGCAGUGACUCUAGUCACUGCUGCAGACUUUCCAGGCCUCAACACGCUUGGCCUCUCAAUUGCGCGAACAGACUUGAGAGUAGAUGGCAUGGUGAGCCUCCACUCCCACCCUCGGGCAUCCGAACUGUUCUUUGUGAGCAAAGGAAUUGUGCUUGCUGGGUUUAUUGACACCAAAAACCAGCCAUUCCAACAGGUUCUUGCAGAAGGAGAUGUGUUUGUUUUCCCAAAGGGUUUGCUUCAUUUUUCUCUGAAUUUUGGGUAUGAUUUCGCCACUGUUUUCUCAGUUUUCAACAGCCAGAAUCCAGGGGUUGUGGAAAUUUCUGGUGCCAUAUUUCAAUCUGAUCUGGAUAUGAUUGACAGGAUGACAGAGGGGUUUCUCACUCAUCACAUCGGAAAUCUCACUCUUAACAAGCGGCAAUUCAGAAAGUUAAAUCCUAUCAUUUGAAGAUAAAUGGUUCUGAGUGUAUGAUCUAGUAGUUAAAUACGUAGGAGUGUUUGAAGUGUGGCACUAGUCUCAUGAGUUUGUGGUUUGAGAUUAAGAGUGAUCAUAUUAAAGCUAUUCUAAUUUAUGGGGUGGGGUUCAGACUUGAAUGUAAGAGGACGGACAUACUGUUUUGACCAACAGUCCUAAUUCACAUCUACAAAAGUGUUUAUCAAGUAAGACUGCCCUUGCUAUAUAUAAUGCAAAGCUUUAUACCCUAUUUUAUGGCAGAAUCCAUUGCUUUUGUGUUUUCUAUCUUCCACAUGCUGUUACAGUAGUGUAAGACUGAGAAAUGUUUUGUUGAUUGACGGUAUUUUAUGGUAUGCCGUCAAACUGUCAAUCUAAAGCAUUAACUUUUUCUCUUCUCGAAAACGAGGAGGAGGAAGUAAAGAAAAUUAAUAACGAGCAAAUCAUGACCCAAAAUUUUUAAUUUUAUUCAUAACGGAAACAUGUAUUAAUGGAAGAUCAGCGUUGCACCAUAUGUAUCAAAUAUGAUCAAGGAAUAUAUGGUGCUUUUUUUUGGUAGUCUUUAGAAACAUUACGAUAGCUCAUGAUC